GUGGUUCGUCGACCCAGUCAGUUUUUAUCAAAAAUAAUUCUACUGUUCGAACCGACUAAACAGGUUGUUACACACAUACAAGCAUGGAUGCUAAAGAAAAAGCAGUAAAGUUGGUGCGAGGAGAUCCAACAGAGUCUUAUGCAAGAUUACCUGAUUAUUUUUACAUUUUGGAGCAAACAUAUCCAGGAUCUGUUUUGAAAAUAAAAAGGAAUGAAGGUGAUACAUUUUUAUACGCAUUUGUUGCGUUAGAAGCUUGUAUUAGAGGUUGGAAAUAUUGUAGGCCAAUUGUAGUUGUUGAUGGUGCGACAUUAAAAUGUUCAUAUGGUGGUACAAUGGUAACUGCCAGCACAUUGGAUCCGGGAGGUCAUAUACUUCCGUUGGCGUAUGCGAUAGUAGAUUCUGAAAAUGAUGCUUCAUGGACAUGGUUCUUUGAGCAGUUUAAAGAAGCAUAUGGAGUUAGACAAAAUAUGUGUUUUAUGUCAGACCGAAAUGAAAGCAUAUCGAAAGGGACUGCAAAUGUAUAUCCUGAAUCAGAACAUUAUGCAUGCAUAUGGCAUUUGUCAGUCAAUGUGUUGAAGAAUUUCAAUAGAAAUACUGAAGAUUUGAAGAUUUUGUUCUUUUCAUUGGCAAAAGCUUAUACGAAACAACAGUUUGAGACAAUUAUGGGAAGAAUAGAUCAGAUAGAUACGCGCAUACGACCAUACUUGUUUGAUAUUGGUUAUAGCAAAUGAUCAAGAGCUUACUCGAAUUGUAAGCGCACAUGGACCAUGACUUCAAACAUCGGGGAGUCAUUGAAUAAUGUUAACAGGUUAGCACGGAGGUUACCGUUGAUUUCACUUCUUGAGUUUAUGAGGGUAACAAUUCAGAGGUGGAUUCACAAGCAUAAUGAGGAGGCUGAUAAGACAACAUCUGAUCUGACAAAAAAAUAUGAUAUUUAUCUACAGAAAAGUAUUGCGUUGUCGUGCAAUAUGAGGGUGAUACCUUCAACUGUUGAUCUGCAUGCUGUAGCUGAAGGAGCAAAGAAAUACAUAGUAAAUUUGACAAAAGGAUGUGUAGUUGCGGAAGAUUUCAACAUUAUGAGAUACCGUGUGGUCAUGCAAUUGCUGUUCUCCGGUACAGGAAGUUACAUGAAGCAGAUUUCUGUUCUGCUUUUUAUAGCCUCAAGAAUUUCAGAGAUGCUUAUGCCAUUCCUGUCGAGUCUAUCCCGUGCGAGAGUACAUGGGAUAUACCUAGUUAUAUUUCAGAGCCUAAAAUGAUGCCGCCUGGUCCAAAAAGAUCAGCGGAAAGACUCAAAUUUGAACGCUGGAAGGGGUUCGCAGAUGUGAAAUUCAAGAGGACAAAAAUCACAUGCAAUAGAUGCCAUCAAGUUGGACACAAUAGGAAGACAUGCUCAAAUUAUCCUGUACAAAAACAAUGAAUUCGUACUGUUACAUCUGUGUUUUUGAGUGUUUACAUUGUUAUAACAUGUUUUUUUA